AGUGGGAGCGCUAAAUGACACGUCUGUUGUAGAGAAGUCGUGCUCAAGGCUGCGGGAUGGCUGGACGUCUGUAUUUGUGCAUUUUCUAAAAUGCAGACACGCACUUUGACGUUUGCUGAGUGUUUCUGGUGACUUGGUUAUGGUGGGAGCGAGGUAGGCCGUGUCAUGCCUGGGACUGGAGUGAGAUCCUGAGCUGGUCAGGCUGAGCUCUGCUCCACUGUUGCUGUUCAGGGGAAGUAUUUUAACAGGAAGGGAGAGACUGAGACUGCAAAAUGCUGUCUCAGGGCAAAAAGGAUUUUGUCUCUCUGACAGUAGGUGGAAAUGAAGGUGGAAAUUAUACAAAUGGAAAACAGCGCAAGCUGUCUUACUGGCGGAAGUGGAAUCAGCUUUCACGCUUGCAACGAAGUCUUAUCCUGUUUGUUCUGGUUUUGCUCCUUUUCACUGUCAUUGUUGCAUAUCUCAGAUUCUCAGCACCUUUAGAAGAAUAUAAAGGCAGGGACGGUGGUGGGGUGGAGCUGCCAUAUGGCGAAGAGCUGCGGGAUCAGAGUAAAGGAUCUCUGCAUGAGCCACCUUUAGAGAAAAAGGGAUAUCAAAGGAGAGGACCACCUCUUCUGCAGAAUCGUGUGUUCAGUAAGAAGAAUGGCUCAGAACCUCAGGGAGUGGCAGCCGAGAUCACAGAGUUUUUUAAGAGCAAGUCACGUAUCGGUUGGGCUGAUACUGUGAUCAGUCCUGGCACAAAAUCAAGUGAUGGGCAGAAAGAGAAUGCAGCUGAACUGGAUGACUCUGUGGAAUGGCAACUAGCGGAAAGCAGGCAGGAGGCAGUGAGAAAAGCUUUCCAACAUGCAUGGAAAGGUUAUAAGGAUUUUGCCUGGGGGCAUGAUGAGCUCAAACCCAUUUCAAAGUCGUAUUCGGAAUGGUUCGGGCUGGGGCUGACCCUUAUUGAUGCACUGGACACAAUGUGGAUUAUGGGUCUCAAAAAAGAGUUCAUGGAGGCAAGGCAAUGGGUGGCUGAAAAUCUCUCAUUUAAUAAGAACGUGGAAGUGAAUCUGUUCGAGAGCACUAUUCGCAUCCUGGGAGGUCUGCUCAGCACUUACCAUCUGACUGGUGAUGAGCUUUUCCUGGAGAAAGCUAAAGACAUUGGAUCCAGGCUGAUGCCCGCCUUCAAAACGCCGUCAAAGAUCCCGUACUCGGAUGUAAACAUCGGUACCGGCACGGCUCACCCGCCACAGUGGACCACCGACAGCACUGUGGCCGAGGUCACCAGCAUUCAGCUGGAGUUCAGAGAGCUCAGUCGCCUCACUGGAGACCCCAAAUACCAGGAUGCUGUGAUGGAGGUGAUGAAGAAGGUGCACAACCUGGAUGGGAAGCAUGACGGCCUGGUACCCAUGUUCAUCAACACCAACAACGGGAAGUUUACCCACUUGGGCAUGUACACACUAGGAGCCAGGGCUGACAGCUACUACGAGUAUCUGCUGAAACAGUGGAUCCAGGGAGGCAGGAAGGAAACUGAGUUGUUGGAGGACUAUCUGCAGGCUGUGGAUGGAGUUCAAAAAAACCUGGUAAAGAAGUCUGCUCCCCUUGGCCUUACCUUUGUAGGGGAGCUGUCCUAUAGACGCUUCAGCCCCAAGAUGGACCACUUGGUGUGUUUCCUGCCAGGCACACUGGCUCUGGGGGCGCACAACGGCCUGUCAGCAGAACACAUGGAGCUGGCCAAACAGCUGAUGGAAACCUGCUACCAGAUGUAUGCACAGAUGGAGACGGGCCUGAGUCCUGAGAUCGCACACUUCAACAUGGACGCAGCCGGCACACAUGAUGUGAUCGUUAAACCUGCAGACAGACACAACCUGUUACGGCCGGAGACUGUGGAAAGCCUUUUCUACCUGUACCGAUUCACCAAGGACAAGAAGUACCAGAGAUGGGGAUGGGAGAUCCUACAAAACUUCAAUAAAUACACACGGGUUGAAUCAGGUGGUUAUACCUCCAUUAAUAACGUGCAGGACCCAGCCUCUCCCAGUCCAAGAGACAAGAUGGAGAGCUUCUUCCUGGGUGAGACACUCAAAUAUUUCUACCUGUUGUUUUCAAACGACCCCGACCUCAUAAACCUGGACAAGUACAUCUUUAACACAGAGGCCCAUGCUCUGCCCAUAUGGCCACAAGCAGAGUGAUGGGUGACAGUACACACGCUUCUCUCAGGGCUUUACAAAAGAAUCUCUGUAAGUGACUUUGUCUAAACUGCCAUGUUUCUAUUCAACUCUGGGUGUGAGAUUUUGUUUUUGUAAAUAACUGGAGGCAUGUGAUGAGUGAUUGUAUUAGCUUUUUAUAAAAGAGAAUCUAUGUAGAGAUUUAUUGUCUGUAAAAAGGGGAUGAUAUCGCAGUGUGAGUCUUUUAAAAGUUCAUAAGGAAUUGGUUUAAUUUAUAAGCUCGAGAACGUUUACACAGUUUUCCAAUUUCCCAAACGUAGUUGAGACAUGUCUGGUGUUUGUUAUGAAGCUGAUGUUCUCCACAUUCAGCCUGAAUUCAUUCAUAUAAACCACAGCUACCAGUUUACAACACAAAGUUUAAAAUAAGCUUACAUAGAGCAUUAACUGUAUCACUUCAGGGAUCCUUAUUUCAGGCUAAUGACCAAUUAAAGCUCAAAUUAAAAGCCUCGCAUUCUGGCUAAAAAAUGAGACAUAUUCUCACGGUAUUGACUCUUGCAAAACUGGGAACCACUUUUGUGUGUUGCUAGUAAGCACAAAAAUCAUUUUUAUAUUUUAUCUGUAGUGAAAAAAGCACCACGAUUACACAUUUCUCCUCCUGUUAGAGAGUAGUGCAAUAAAAUAAAAAUAAAUUAUUGAUCUUGAUAUCAUAUUAAUUUUUUUUUUACAAUUAGGUAAAACAACUUCUUAUGUAAAACUUAAUUUUCAAGUAGGUGUAUUCACCUACUGUGUAUUCACAUUUUCAGAUAAUUUUCUGUAGACACAUUGAAAUAAAAGACAUUACAGGUAGUACUGCUGUGUUCUAAACCACAUCGCCAGUUCUGUGAGGAAUUACUGAGAAACCAGAUGUGCUUUGAAUUGUGACACACACACACUAGUUACAGAAAAAUAUUUUAGACAUUAAUAUUUAGUUACAGUGCAAAAUAAGUCUAACCUUACACCCAACUAAUCAGCCCACAUUCAGUGUUUGUAGAAAAAUAGUUUGCAUUAUUUUCCAGUCCUUAAAAUCUUGUGCUUUAAAUACAGUUGGAUUAGUGAUUAAAUUUCUACAUAAUAUAAAAACAUUUAAUUCUGUAUGCUGUAAACUUUACAGCAAUUCUGUUUUUUAUAUUCAGUGGGUCCGUGUGUUUACUCCUUGUACUCCAGGCUUCUGACUCAACUGUGAUGUGUUGAUAGUCUGAGCUACAGCACUGUAAAGCACAAAGUAGGCAGAAGGGAGGCAGGCAGGAAUUAUACUGUCACUAUCCGCCCACUUAGUUAACCGUGUGCAUCUGUGCAAGUCCAAUUUAAACUGUGAAUUAUUUUGUACAGACUACAAGCACUUUAUGGUGGUCCCACUUAUUUGAAAUGCUUGUUGUUAAAUAUUUCAGGUCCAAAUCAUCAUGUGUUUUAUAUAAUUUUUUUUAAUAUUUUCAUAUGUUGUAGCUUCAAAGAGUGGUGUAUUACAUGUUCUGUGAUCACUUACAAUCUUAGCUGUUAUUUUCACAGGCUACUGCCAUUCCUGCCUAUAAUUCAUUUCUCUCACUGUGUUUUAUUGUGUUGUUUGACUUUACUGAUACACCAUUUCUAAUCAACCACAUCUACUGGUAACUGGUGCAAAACUAAAAGAAAGCAUAUAGCUUUUUUCCAUACAGACUUAUUAAUGCCAUGCUUGCACUAGCAGCCAAAUCCAUCAUCGUGCUUCACACUCAUGGUAUACCACAAGUUAGGGUUACGUUUCAGGCCUGAAGAUGCUUUGAUGUUUGUUUAAAGCAGCUGAGCUUUUAAGCGGUAAGCCGGAUGGGACCAGCAUGUGGUAAAAUGUGACACAGUAUUUCCAGUAUGGCUUAAGAAGCAACAUUCAUACAAUAACAGUUCAGCACAAGCUUAUAGAUUAUGCAGUUAUGGGACAAAAGCCUAAAGCUAGUGUUUUGGGUGCAUCUACCAAACCCAGAUUUAUCCAUAUAAAUGCCCACUUCAUUAUGCACAGUUUGUGUUAUCAUAAUAAGCUUUAUCUUAUGUAUCGAAGAUUCAACAUUUGAGUCCCAUUGACAUUCUGGGCUUUGCAAAUGUCAGAAAAACUAUUUUAAGCAUGGCACCUUCCCUGUGCACCCAACAAAUUCUAUUAAAAUGGCUUGCCAAGUUUGAUGAUGGCAUUCUAAUUCAUCAUAAAGUUAAGUUCUCACCAGUUUCCAACCUCAUAAAUGCUCUUGUAAAUAAAAUGAAUCCUUGAGGAGCAUUUCCAAAAUUUAGAAAAAGCUGACCAGCAAUCUGUUAAAGCAGCAAAAAAGAGCUCAACUGUAGAUUAAUCACCAUAGUUGAACAAUAAGACACUCAAUAAUAAUGUAAUAGUUCAAAGUCCAAAAAUGUUUGGCCACAUAGUGUCAUUAUGUUUAAACUGCUUUAAAAUGGUUAGCAAGCUGUUUUAAGUAGUUUGUGAAAUGGUUCAGUUUAGUACUUCAGAAGUUUGUAAAUGAUUUUUAUAAGGUGGUGUUGGAACAUGUUUAGUUCCUGAUUACAGCCAGUUAGUAAUGAUGAAUAUGACUGUUUUGCUUGUGUUGUAUGUGACUGAAAACUUGAUGAAGUGUUCAGAGUCGAUAAGGGCUACACAGACUGAUCACCACCACAUGAUGUUGGUGUUUCUUUCUACUUGUGCCUUUACAUCGUUCCUAAGCAAUGACUUUUUGAGUAUAAAUAACUGUAUAUUUGUAUUGAAAUGUUUCUAUUUUAUGUAUCCCAAAUUAAGGAUGAAUUUUUAAUGUUUGUAGAUUUAUUGUAAAGAUAGAAAAAUUCUGAUUAUUUAUAAUACUGAAAACUAUCAUUCGUGAUCAUUCGAUUAGCUUAUUUGUUAUUUGUACAUGGUAAGAGUUUACAUUUUACAAACUUAAUUAAGGGCUUUUGAAAAUUUAUUUGGGGCAAGUAAUGAAUGUCAUUUAAUAUUUCGACCAAAAGCAAUGCUAUUUAAGUAACAUUAUGAAAACAAGGUUUUAAAAAAAAUCUAACACAUUCAAAUUGACUUGGAAUCUGUAUUUCAUGCAGGUAAAGGUGUAACGAUACAUUGCAUGAUACAGACCAUUGAUGCUUUAUAUUUUUAAUACAGCCGCACAAACAAACUGUAUUACGGUGAAACACUGCAGUUUAUUGUACUUAUCUUAACACAGUCCUAUUUACACAGUCACAAUGGUGUUUGAAAUUAAACUGAACUAGUAAAUGUACAUGGUGUUCAGUACUGCCACAUGAUUUCAGUACAUUUAUACAGCUAGCAAAACCAAGGUGGCUUUACAAACACACACACCCCUUAUCCACAUUACAUAAACCUGCAUACACAUAAGCCUUGUUCCACCCUUUACCCUUAAGGUGCGGCUUAAUUGAGGGUGCAAGGGCGUAAAAAUUUUUUUUAAUUAUCUUAACAUUUUACACACAUUUAUAUCUGAAGUCUGUUUCUAUGGUUCAGAUAUUCCCUGCACUAUCAGUUCUGUGUUUUGUUUAAUGGUUGAUCGUUUUGUAAUUUGCGAAAUCUGCUCAGAAAAGCUUUGUCAAUAAACAUUUCUACUUAUAAAA